GCUCGCAACGGCUUCUGAGAAUGAGUCUAACUUUGUCAGCGAAACAACAUGGUUCGACAGUGAACGUAGUCGUCCUCGCGUCAAAUUCCGCUACGGUUACCGAUACCGCGCCUGCUGUGGAUUACCAAUAUUGUGUGUGGAAACGAUUACACUUUGGAAUACGAUCAAACGCAUGUGUGUUGAUACGCAAGCAACGUACCGUGCGACACGUGUGAGCAGUGCUGUGGCCCGUAGCAAGGUGGGUAGAGUGUGAAUCAGGCAAAGGCCACAACAAUUCCGUUUCAAAGUGUUGAUUGGUGCCUGAAUGGUGAUUGAUUGAGUAAACAACAAGCGCCAACAUAAAUUUGUUAUUGAAAACGCGCCCAUCGAUCAUUGCUAUCGAUAAACGUUGGUAGUGUGGUCCAGUUCUACUUAUGGUCUAGUUGAGCGAUGUGUUAAACGUGAACAAGACGAGUAUGAUUAUUUUAUUGCAUCUUAUACGAUUUUUAUUGAAAACGGUGUAGUGUGACUGUAAAACAGCGAUUAUUGAAAAGUUGUGUACAUCACUGCACUAUUUGAUAGCGCGCCAUUAAGUGUCUCUGUGUAUGCGGGUAUAUGCCCUGUCACAAAUAUGAUCACUCAAGAUCUCCCAUGUGAUUGUUACAGUGUGCAAAUGAAUCAGUGUGUUGCGAAGGAAUUUGUGAGUUUCUUCUAUUGAAUUGACAAGUGUUGAACAAGAAAAGGCUAGACCAACAAAACUAAUCAACCGACGGGACGUUGGGAAGCAUUUACUAGUGUUAAAAAAAAAAACAAAUCAACAGAUAUUAAAAAAUACAACAAGUGUAUACGGCGUGUAGUGUAAUUCAACGUAUCACUCACUGCAACGCAUUUCAUUUCCGCCAAAGAACGCCCAAAUGGUGAUACUAGAAGGCACCACAAUGUUGCAAGUUGGAAAUAAUCAAUACCUUCAACCGGACUAUCUUUCUCCGCUUCCGACCACGUUGGAUGCGAAGAAAAGUCCGUUGGCGUUGCUGGCCCAAACCUGCAGCCAGAUCGGUGCCGAUCCGGGCAAUAUAACUGUUAAAUCUCUUGUUUCACCAUCGGAAAAGAACAAGAAGUCAUCGUCAUCCAACAGCUCCAGUACGAGCAGCACAUCGUCCUCCGGCAGCAAUUCUUCGGCUUCGUCUCAGGUGGACCCGACAUCGAAUUCGUCUGCGUCCCGAUCACCGUCGGUAAAGACGGACAAGUCGGACGCAUCGCCGGAGAUCAAGCUUGCCUUCAAGCCGUACGAGAUGAAUGUGCUAACAACGAAAGUGAACCUUAGCAAAUCGUCCUCGCUUGACGAUCGUCCUUCGUCGAAGAUGAGCAGUGGAAGUGACGUGUUGAACAACAACAGUGUGAGCCAAAUCAAUAAUAAUAAUCACAGUGAUGGAAUGCGCAAGGAGGGCCGUUCCCUGUCUCCACGCGGAAGUGCCGAGUCGCCUAUGUCUGGGCGUGGUGGUGGUAGUGGUAGUGUCAAGAGUACGGAAAGCAAUGGUGGUGAGCAUAGUGGCAACAAGUGUAGUACGCCAGAAGCCAACCGCCGAGCUUCUUCCGUCGGCAUGCCGAGUGAUCGCGACAAAGUGAGUGGCAAUAGUGUGGGAGGCGGCUCGGGGCCUUCCAGUAGCCCGUCGGCUUCAAUGAUGCAUCCGGGUACUAUGCCGCCCUCAGCUGCUUAUAAGGCUAGUCCGUACGGUAUGGGUGCGGCUGGUCUUCCCAGCCCGUCGGGAAUCGACCACACGAAUCCUGCCUUCAGGCCACCGUUCGCCGGAGCGUUUACUCAUCAUCAUGCGGCCAUGUUGGCAGCAGCUGGUUACUCGGGGGCAGCAGCCGCGGCUGCAGCAGCGAGUGCCGCCGGUGCCAAUCCGUACCUCAGUUACACGCGGGUCAAAACUCCAUCCGGUGGUGAAACGCUAGUACCGAUCUGCAAGGAUCCGUACUGCACUGGAUGUCAGUUUUCGGCCCACAACCAUCAGAUGAUGAUGGGCAGCCAGUGUCCUGCGGGUUGUACCCAGUGCGAUCAUCAGAAGUACAUGGCCAUGGCUCUGAGCUCAAUGCCACCUGCCGGCUAUCCGGGCUAUCCUCCAGCAUCUUCGGCCGCCGCAGCCGCCGCUGCAGCUGCCGCGGCCGCCGCUGCCGUUAACUCAGGUGGUACGCAACCGCCUGGUAGUGCCGGUGCCGCUAGUCGUCCGUACAUGUGCAACUGGGUUGUCGGAGACUCGUACUGUGGCAAACGGUUCAAUACUACCGAUGAACUGUUGUCUCAUCUCCGCACACACACCGCUAACCUGUCCGAUCCGGCAGUUUUGGCAUUGCAGCAGCAGCUGAUGCCGCUGAGCGGCAUUUUCCCGCCGUCGUCGCUACAUCAUCAUCAUCGAGGCUACCCGAAUCCGCCGCUUAGUCCACUGUCGGCGGCACGUUAUCAUCCGUAUGUAAAGCCCAGUGGCAUUCCUACUGCUAUGCCCGGUUCUCCGUACAGUGCGGCGGCAGCAGCUGCUGCGGCUGCCUUCAAUCCGGCGGCCGCUUUCGGACAGUACUACUCACCAUACGCGGCAGCGCUGUAUGGACAGCGGAUGGGAGCGGCGGUACAUCAGUAGGGAGUGCCAGAAGUGAAUGUGUCUCGUUGUGCGUUUGUUUAGCGGUUGACAGUGUAGCGUGUAUAUACAAGAACCCUAUCAUGCCGGAUUACUACAAAAGAGGCCCAUAAACGCAAAUGAGAGUGUGAGCAAAGCAUACAGCAACCACUACUGCAACUACAACAACAACAGAAACCGAAGGUGUCCAAUCGUGUUUGUUCUAUCAACUGUGAUAUUAAGAUUAUUCUUCGAACGAGAUGUGAGAAUUGCGAGAAAGGAGUAUAAAGUAACACAUUGCAUAAAGCCGAAGUGCUGUUAUAAUUCACCCGUACAAGUGGAAGGUCAUUUCAAUCAAACAUGGACGUUCGAGGUACAGUGCGUUUCACCUGACAGCAGGAUAGUCAUAACAUAAGUCAUACACAGAUCAAAGUUUACGUACUGCACAUGUGCUCAUAUCUCAUAUCUUGCUGCAAGUUUGAAUGCAUUUCACAGUCAUUCACGUGCAAAAUACGUUAAAAUCGUUCAAUGGAUUUUGUUCGUUUCCCAACAGCUCUUACCAGUCAGAUAGAUGUAUAAACAUUUCAAAAUCCCUCUUUGAUAUGCGAGCAAUGAAAUUAAUACGAGUUCAAAGCGAGGCUUGAUAGAUGUAGUUAUGUAUCUGAAAUGAAAAAAGUGCUAUCCUGUUUCAAACGCAAGAUGAUGAAUCGCCUUGACGAUGAAUUCGAGAUUAUUAGGAUUCAAUACUUGUUAGAAUUCAGCAUGUAAUGACGGGAAUGGCAAUAUUCGUUUCAUCCUACCACCAUAAAAACGUUGAUAAGAAAGCUAAGCGUUUUGUUUGUGUUAUCUCUUAUUUUAUGAACGUCAAGAAACAUUGUUUCGUAUACCUCACGACUAGCAUUUUGGGGAACUUUUCACACCACUUCAGGACCUCAAUAAGAUCAGACUGUAAUUGCUUGUUUCAAAAUUGUUUCAAUUGUUUAAAAGGGAAGGCCAAGAUAGCGGCGUGCAUAAAACUAUAUUGACGGAUACUAUUUAUUAUUGCCGUAUUAGCCCCGUGCUACAACGUGUCGUUUUCAUUAAAUGCCUUCGCAGGAAAUCAGUUUGGAUUAGAAAUUCAUGUGUGGUUUGCAUAGGGCCACUAAAUAACAGCGGCAUUCUCGAAUGAUUAAUGCAAUGAAACGAUGAAAAUAAACUUGUAAAAUUGAAACAAAACAGAGAGCAAGAAGAAGCAAGAUCGAAAGCAAAUGGGUAUUAGUGAUAGGAGAAGAAGCAAAAGGUACGAAUUGUGCGUUAAAAUUGUAAAUAUCAAGGAAACAAAACUCGUAACGCAACGAGCUGCCCACAGAUACGAUAAAGUGGGGAAAGAAAACGAAGGAA